AUGGACAACGGACAAGAUUAUAACGAUCCCUUUACAGAAGUGACUAAAACAAGAAAGCAAGAAAUAAAGCAGUAUAUGAACGACGGUAACAUCACGUCUGGUAACGCCACGUCUAGCGAAGCCGGGACCGCCAGGGCUGGUAGUAGUUUACGAACCACACAGGUGAACUUGAGCGACCUGAGCGAAGACAGAAAGCACAUUCUAGCAGCAAGGAUGAAGCAGACAAGAGACGAGUGGGACCGGAGCGAGUUCUCUGCGAGUACCGUCGACGGAGGCUCCGUUACGCAGAGCCACAAGGCAAGCCAGGUAGGCUUCAGCAGCCUGACAAGCCGUCGUCAGAACCAGCGCGCCCCUGCAGUUCCAGCGUUGACUGCUCGAGGUCAGAGAGCGACGAGAAGCUUGGGCGGCGGUUCCCUCGCCGGCGGCUUCGUUCCUGUGCUCAAGACACACACUGCGUCCGGUGCUUUGCCUGCCCCGAAGUCACACGCUACGACCGGUCCCUUUGUGUCUGCUACUACUGGCAUUGGCGGUUCUGUACCUGGUCCAAAGGCUCCGACUGGUAUCAGCUAUUUCCCUCAUGUCACCAAGGCUCCCACUGCUACCGGCGCUUUUAUACCUGUCUCCAAGACGGCUGCUGCGAACAGUGCCUUUGUACCUGCUACUACUACCGGCAUCGGCGGUUUCAUGCCUAGUCCUAAGGCACCCACUGCUACUGGUGCCUUUGCGCCUGUCCCUACAGCACAUACUGGCGUCAGCGGUUUUCCUCCUGCCCCUAGGGCACCUACUAUGACCGGCGGUUUCGGAUAUAUUCCCAGUGCCUUUGCCCCCAAAGCACCUACCACGACCGGUGGUUAUGGACCAAUUCCCAAGGCCCCUUCUGUCAUCAGCGCAACGACAACGGUUCUUCGCGAUCCGAGCGUCAGCCCAGGACAAACCACAACCGCCCCCUCCCUAAAGAUCGUCAAAGACGCAGACGCAUCGCAGCUCGGGACUGGCUCCUCGGAGCAGACUGAGGAGCAGUUCAAGGAGCUCAUUGAUGAGAUGGCGGCUCUACAGCAGAGCAUGUCUGUCAAUGAGCAGAAGCAGCGGAAGGAGAAGGGCGAGGAGAGGAAUUAG